CGAAGACUUAGUUAUAACAAUGAUAAACGAACACCCCAUACCUCAACAAUCCCCACCCUUUUUGUUUUCUCCUUGUGACAUUAGACAUUGGUAAAGAUGCAACUAAACAAUAACAAAUCUAUCAUCCCCAUUUUUUCUUUUGCCUCCCUCCCUCACUCUCCUAGUAAAUGUUCAAUAAAAUUAUUUGGGGAAAAAUUGCAUUCAAAGCCAUGGAUGCCAGCUCCCUCCUGGUAGACCGGUGGUUCCCAACCUUUGGGCCUCCAGGUGUUUUGGACUUCAGCUCCCACAAUUCCUAAGACCUGGUAAGCUGGCUGGGAUUUCUGGGAGUUGAAGUCCAAAACACCUGGAGGCCCAAAAGUUGGGAACCUCUGUUGAAGACCAAUGGUUCCCAACCUUUGGUCCUCCAGGUGCUUUGGACUUCAGCUCCCACAAUUCCUAAGAGUUGGUAAACUGGCUGGGAUUUCUGGAAGUUAGCCAAACUCAUCAACUGGCCUCCUUCCAUCAAUCUCAUAGAUAUUUCUAUUCCAGGUCACAUACAAGCCCUGGAGGAAGAUGGGCUUCUUAAGAGGCACUUUGAAACCAUUAUUAUAGCAGACCUUGACAUCGGGUUAUUGGUCAGAUUUUUGUGCAAGUGAGUAAAGCUCUUUUACAAUUUGCAGAGAUUUGGCCUCUGAACACCUCUGGUAGCAAUAAUAGGCUGAGAAAGAGAUAACAGGACUAUGGAAGAAGCAAUAAGCAAUCCAGGACUGAAAGCCUGGGAAAUCUGAAGAUUUUCUUGAAUCUAAAAGUUCUGCGAAAGUCCUGCAAAAGACCCAGGAUAUUAUCACAUGCAUCUCAUACAGUGGAUUUUCCUGUGGUAACUCUGUCUUGGUUUGGUUUGAAGCUUGGUUUGGGAUGAGAUUAGAAUGAUGUUGUGCAGUACAUAGUGCUUCUUUUUGUGUUUCGGGAGCCUCCAACGUGACUAAUAGACUGGUGUGAUAUAAUCUCUCUGGCUAUAAAUCUUGUGCAAUUCAGUUCUGUAUUUGCUUGGGGUCAUCUGCUGUUUCUCACACUCUGUCAUCCCCUUCUCUUUCAGGUUCCUAAUUAUAGAUGUCAAACUUAUAGCUUUCAAAUUGAAACAUUUUCCAAAUACAAACUGUGCUGAGAUGGUAAUAGAAGUCAAGAUAUUCCUUCAACUCAGACUUCUUGGUAAAGUGAAAGUGGUCUAUGUCUCUGCCUACGUAGAUUUGUCGAUCAGCACCACGUACUGCCAUACAAACUUUUUGGGAGGAUCCUACGAUCUUGACAUCACUGAAUGUGAUUGCUUUGUUGUAGGCCUGCACAUUGAUAUCAUGGAUGGUUUAAUUUCGGUAUUGUCACUAGUUCGGAUACAGAGCCGUAUUACUGCAGAUCUAACCGCCAAGGUAUGCGGUAUUAUAGCGGUGCUCUUGGAUAUUCUAAAACUAACUUUCCUGGCUGCUGUAAAUGUGAACGUGGGCCUGGGCUCGUAUGGCACCUGUGCCUGCCAGUUGGCAGAAAUGCCACGUAUGACUGAAGCAGAUCUUAGCGUGGCUCUGCUGGUGAAGAUCACCUCAGCGGCGGGAAACGAAUACACCAUCCCCAGUUCUGCAACCUCCAUUGCUCGUCCCAUCUUGUCCCGCUACAGUUUCUGCCAAGCUAUCCAUCCAGAAUUAAUUAAACUAUUUGUGAUGCUCUACACAAAGAAACUCGAGCGAGAAUUUACUUGUACUCCUGACAGAUAUUCAGGAGCCAUCGGAUUGAGGCUUACUCUUUUGGGGAUAAUUACGGGGGAUCUGGUACGUGUGAUGCUUUGA